GUGAAAUUGAAUCUUAAGUGUGUGGAUUCAUAGCUGUGCUCCAUCUCAAUGGUAAACCCCACUGAAGAAAUCUCAUGCCCCAGUCAGCAGCAUAGCCAGUGUGCAAACCAAGGAUUGUCUUGUUUCCCAGAGUGUCCUCUGGGUAGCAAGGGAUGAGUCCUGAGGAUAGCCAAGUCUCUAAGAAAGCAUCCAGCCCCCUUGUCCAGGUCCCUUUUGGUUGUAGAAGGGUCGUAUUGGUGCUCCUUGAAACCACCUAUCUCCAUCCUGGACUUCCUUGUUGGUGGCCAGCCAUAAGGCCUACCAACUGGUUGGCUUCUCAGCAUCUCUGGCCUUUUCCUCUGCUCUUUGAGUCCCUGACCUUUCCCAGUGUGCUGAGCAGGCAGGGAAGCACUCGGGGCACGCCUGGGAAGUUGUUCCUUUUGGCUGACUCCUUUCUGGCACUGUGCCCUGUACCGAGGAGAGGCUGCACUCAUGGCCACAGCACUUCACCUGCUCACCAAGUUCUCAGAGCAAUAAAAGGUAUUCAUCCCGUGCCUGAAGCUGCUCCCAGGUCAGGGGUGGGAGUGGAAUGGUGCCAUAGAGCAACACGACCUGCUCACCAAGUUCUCAGAACAAUAAAAGGUAUCUAUCCCAUGCCUGAAGCUGCUCCCAGGUCGAGUGGGAGUGGAAUGGCGCCAUAGAGCAACACAAGGACAGUAGUCCCUGUGACAUUGGUGGUGUUGAUCCUCUGAGUCUGGAUAAUGACCAGGCUUGGCAGAUGCCUAGCCAGGAAUGCCCUCCUCUGGGCAAACACUGGAGAACCUGUGUGUGUGUGUGACAUUUCCAGCUUGUCUCACUGUGUGAUCUCAAAUGCACAUUAAACUCUCAAACCCAUGAUGAUUAGGUCUGCCUUCCUCUAAUUUCUUUGAGUAGCAAUUGUCUAGCAAUGGGUGGGAGCCAGGCAGGAGGACUGGAGGCAGGCUGGGAUUCCAACUCAAAAAUCAUGACCACCACAGCCCCACCCUGCCUAUAAGGAACAGGUCCUAAAGAAACAGGAAGUACCCUGGCGGUGGUGGCACUCACCUUUAAUCCCAGCACUUGGGAGGCAGAGGCAGGUAAUUUCUCAGUUCGAAGCCAGCCUGGUCUACAGAGUGAGUUCCAGGACAGCCAGGGCUACACAGAGAAACCCUGUCUCGAAAAACCAAAAAAGAAGCAGGAAGUACAUGGCAGAAAGCCAAAAUAGAAUAACGCCACUAGGUACAGUACUGUAGAUAUGUAUAAAGCUGAGCAACCCUGUCACAUAGAUAAGGGACCAAGACAAUAAAGCUAAUUAGAAAAAGACAUGUGCUAGGCAGUGGUGGGGCACACCUUUAAUCCCAGCACUUGGGAGGCAGAGGCAGAUGGAUUUCUAAGUUCAAGGCCAGCCUGGUCUACAGAGUGUGUUCCAGGACAGCCAGGGCUACACAGAGAAACCCUGUCUCGGGUGGGGGGAGAGGGGGAAAGAAAGAAAAAAACAUGCUAGGGAACAGAGGCUGGCUUAACUAUAUUUAAUGUGGAGCAAGCUACUUGUCCUUGGUCCAGCCUGUUGCACAUGGAAAUGUCAACAGCCCCAUCUGAUGCUAAUGUAGUCUCUGGAAAGAAGCUUGGGAGCCUAAGGAAGAAAGCAGUCAGCCUCACACUGAUGGUUCAUAUACAUUUAUUGAUAGUUCCUGUGUCUAGCUCAGGAGUCCGGAGGCAACACCAAGAAAAAAAAUCUACCCAACCAGAUAAAAAUCACCCUGGCCAAGACCUAGCCAAUGCUGACUUCAGGGCCGGCUCUCACACACUCUUACAAUACCCCAUGUUCUGCACAGGCCAAGAGUCCAGAGACAGACCUGGAGAUCAGCAAUCACAAGUGGGGAAAGGGUUGUCCUGGCUCUGAGACAGGACAUCAGAUACUGGCCGGGAAGGAAGCAGUGGGGUUGGAAGGGGAGGAUACAGUUUGAUACAUCAAAGGCAUCCUGAGGUUUCCCUGGCUGACUCCUCCAAGGGGCUACAGACAAUCAGUGCAUUGUCAGCAGGGACUGCAGCAUGAAGCAAGGGCACAUCCACACUGAGAGCCUCAGGUCCAAGCCUGUUGAGGUAAGUGUCCCUACCAACCCCAGGACAACUCAGGGAUGCUAUAGAAGGAGACAGGAAUGUCACCACAUACCAUCCCCCAAGUCUCUAAGCCAGAAGCCCCAAAGCCAAUCCUGUGCCCUCAGGUGAAGAGCAAACCCUGCCACAAGGGCUGGAGAGCAGCAGGCCUGCUGCUGCUGCUGACACUGCUCACUGCGGGGGCCAUGGCUGGGACGCUUCUUGGCUUCACGUACAACUCUCCCACGCCAUUGCUGCAGAUGCUCCGAAAGACCAUCCCGGGCUCCAGGGUACCCUGGCCCAACCAGACCAUUCUAGUGGAUGUGGCUCAGAACAUGGCGACCAUCCUGGUGACUCCAUUUCAGAGCAACCACAGCUGGGCUGUGCUGUUUGACGGACAAAGCGUGAGUGGGUUUGGGAAGGAGAAAGAGUGGAGGUGUCAGGGGUGGCCUCGACUUACCUGUCUGCUCCCCCAGGGCUACAUCUGUUACCACCCUGCAGAGCACCAGGCCUGCUUCCUCCGUCUGAUGGAAGCCCAAGAUCGGGAGACCCUGCAGCUGCUGCUGAACACUUCCAGGGUGAGCAGUCCUACUUGGCUUGCCACCCAAAAACCCCCAAGGCCAGGGGAUAAACAAAAGGUCCUCUGUCCAGCCCAGCUGGGCCAGCCAAGGCUCUGGUUUCAGGGGAACAGAAAGCUCUAUCUUCCCCUGACUAAGGCUGUUGACAAGGGCAGGUGGAAGGGCCAUCAAGUUGGGGUGGGCACAAAUGCCUUCCCCAGCCAGGGGCAAGGAAGUACGAUACAGUGGCCCACCAGAGUCUUUCUGCAGGCCCAAGAGGCCCAUGUACCUGGCCGGGACACCCACUAUGGCCAGGAACUGCUGGCGGUUUGGGGGGGCCAUACUGUGGACCCUACCCAAGUGGGAGCUUCGGUGCGGCACCUUUGCACAGACACUCCCAUUUACUGGGCCCGAUGGGCAGAGGGGCCCCAGAGACAUCGGCUGAUCUACCUCUGCAUCGACAUCUGCUUUCCGAGCAACAUCUGUGUGUCUGUCUGCUUUUAUUACCUCCCGGACUAAGACCCUUACCAAGCCCUCCUAGCCUUUGGUUCCACAGGCCAGCCCUGUCCCCACAGGUCAGCAAGCUGGCCGGGUCACCAGUACCUAUGGGAGGUGGCUGACAGUAGGGAUGAAUAAACCCAGAUUGCCUGG